ACCGAACGAUCGAACAUGUGGUGGGCAGCCCGCGCCCCUAAUCCUCCCCAUGUGUUCGUUCCGUGCCUUCCUCUUUCAUUUGGCCCCCCUCCGCUUCAAAGAUUCCUCCGCAUCUUCCUCCAUCUGAUUCCUUCUCUGUACUUGCUUCUUCUUAUACGUCUUCCGCGCUCCACCCGUUCGACAAAAAAUCUCAGUGAAACUAUAAGAACAACAACUGAUACGAAGAAAAGGAGCAAACGAAGUCGGGAGAUGUUGAAGGCUUUGGCUUCCGCCUCUUCUUCCCACGUGAACGCCUUCUCCCAGCUCCAGACGCAGAGCCCGAACCUCAUCGUUUGCUCCUCCUCCUCGUUCCGCCACUCCCCCGGCCCCCGCAAGGCCGUCGCGCCGUCCAUCCGCCGGCCCGACGCCGACCGCUGCUCCCUCUGGAGCCACCAUGGUUCGGUCCCGACGCGGUCGAGAUCGGACGGCGGUGGUGCUUCCACUGCCGCCGCAGCGGUCCAUGGCGAGCUGGAGCUGUUCCUGGAGCUGGUCCCGCCGAGGAUGCGGAGGGAGCUCGCGCGGCACGAGGAGAUCCGGGAGCUCAUCGAGGUGGUGAUGGAUUUGGGGAGGAAGCCCGUGGCACGAUUCCCGUCCGGGGAUUGGAUCAUGUCGGAAGAGCCUGUCGGGCUUGAGGACCUUCGCCAUGCCAUUUCUAAGGUUGGUGACUUUUCCGAUGACAAUCGAUCUGGCAUCAACCGUUCCUUGCACAGAAUUAGUGCCAUUCGGAAUCGGAAGAUGCAAAUAAUUGGCCUCACUUGUCGAGUCGGUCGGGCUAUAUCUGGGAGUGCCAAGAUGAUUCGUGAUUUGGUUGAGGGUGGAGGCUCUAUCUUGGUAAUUGGGCCUCCUGGUGUUGGGAAGACUACUCUGAUCAGGGAAAUAGCUAGAGUUUUAGCAGAUGAACACAUGAAACGUGUUGUCAUAGUAGAUACAUCUAAUGAGAUUGGAGGUGAUGGGGAUGUACCUCAUUCAGGAAUCGGUCGUGCUAGGAGAAUGCAAGUUCCAAAUGUUAGCAUGCAGCACGAUGUCAUGAUUGAAGCAGUUGAAAAUCAUAUGCCAGAAGUCAUUAUAAUUGAUGAAAUUGGGACAGAACCUGAAGCAAUGGCAGCAAGUACCAUUGCUCAAAGAGGUGUGCAGCUUGUUGGAACAGCUCACGGAGUAACAAUUGAGAGCAUAAUAAAAAAUCCUUGCCUACAGGCACUUGUUGGUGGGAUAGAGAGUGUUACACUUGGUGAUGAGGAGGCUAGAAAAAGGAAAGUGCAGAAAACAAUACUUGAAAGGAAAGGACCACCCACAUUUACUUGUGCUGUUGAGAUGAUAUCCAAAACUGAGUGCCGAGUUCAUCACAAACUGGAAGCAACUGUAGAUGCUAUUCUUGCAGGGAAAUCUCCUCUCCUUGAAGUACGUAAGAUGGAUUCAAAAGACGGUGAUUUAAGGAGUGCUUUUCCAGUGCUUGGAAAGUAUCAUGAAGAGGAACCUUUUAUUAGUUGUAAAAAUGACUCUUCCAUGGAGAUGAGGCCUCCUAAAGAUGAUGCUAAUAAUAAUGCUGGAUACAACAAGAAAGUAAGAAGUAAUUCAUCUAUGCCAAGGAGAUUACCAGUUCGCGUAUAUACUUAUAAGAUCUUGGAAGCUGAUCUACUGCAAGUAGCAACUGUCAUGGGGUAUGAGGAUGACAUUGAUGUGACUGAUGACAUUGGAACAGCAACUGCGAUUCUAGCAUCAACUUCUGAAAUGAAGCAAAAUCCUUGGAUUCGCAGUGUUGCGAAAUUCCAUCAGCUGCCUAUAUUUGUGAUUAAGGAGAAUACUAUGGCCCAAAUGGUGAAGGCAGUUAAAAUGAUUCUUGGGAUGAAUAAUUUUGGAUCUACACAAAAUGAAUCAACCAAACAUAUGCAUAAGGACAUUGAGGUCAAAGAUGAUGCACCUAUGAGAAAACCUACCUUGGAGGAAAUUGAUGCAUUGGAGGAGGUCCGAAUGGCUAUCGAGUAUAUCGUAAUUCCCGGUGGAGAGCCCGUCGAACUCCUUCCGAGAUGCUCAGAGAUAAUUGCUCGUCAGCUGGAGCUUGUGGAGAGCUAUCAAUUAGCCGCAAAGAGAUCAGGCACCGAGCUGAACUCCAGGUUGCAGAUUCUUCCGGUGAAGCUAAGUAAGAAAAGCUUGCCCGCUAAGGGCGAUAGAUCAGAAUCGAUCGAGCAAGUCGACCUAAAUGAUCUAACCAGUUUGAAUGUGGGUUCUAGAGUUACUCGCCUGCCCCUUUUGCCUGAUCAUUAGGGACUCUCAUCAAAAUGUACAUGUUAGUUUGUGUCAUGUCUUGUACAGCAAUGUAAAUUAUUAUACACAUCCUCAACAGCAAACGUGAUUCAUGUCAUUCUUUCAAUGGAAAAAUAAUUAUUAAAAUAAGUUUGUCUCAUGUCAGUAUUU